AAAUAAAGUGAUGCUACCUGUAGCUGUAGUUCAUCCAGGUCAGAAAUCAUGAGCCAGUGACCAGCAGGGCGGUCGGGCUGUACUUUGAAACCUCCCGAUGCAACAUUUGUUACAUCCCCUCUUAUUUUUCCUUGAGAAAGCAUUCUUCAGUGUCCAUGUUCUGCUUUUACACCUUGAAAGAAUGGCACUUAACAUGGUAUUCAGUGCUGGCACCCAAGGAGACAAGGUAGCUGCAGAAGCGAAGGCUGAAUGGCACGUCCCUCACCCUGCCUGCUUGUUUGAGCGCACAGAACUACUUCAUUUCAGUACAGGAGCCGAGCACCCCUUCGGGACCCCGGAGCCCUUGACCCGACCCCCGAUAAGGGCGCGCAGGUCGCCAGACAGUUCUUCAAUUUGUUUGGUUCCAGAGAGUCCAGUAAAUGAAAAAGCAGAGGCUUAUGACAGUAACGAACCCGAGAAACCAGCAGAGUAUCAACCUAACAUUUAUACGCUGUUAAAAGAAAGAAAAGCUGACUUCCUUGAGAAAAAUCAAGAGCACUACCACUCAGCUACAUCACAGAGAAGAAGUAAAUUUCGAGAUCAGUCCGGAAUAAGGAAAGAGUCGCAGCCUUUAGCCAGAAGUCACAGUGAAUCGCAGGGUGGAUUUCACAAGAGCUGGACUUGGUUACUGGUUCUGUUAAUUAGUGUUCCAUUGUUUUAUUUCAUCUGGAGUGGAGUUCCACGUCUUCUAGAUGCAACUUUGUCAAGUAGAGAUACUCAAAUUCUGCAAGCGUUUCGGGCCCGGAUGAAGAAACUACAAAAUACUUACCAAAGUCAGGAUCCCAGUCUGUGGAAAAGAACCCAUGUGUUGCUUGAGAAGCACCUUAACGCUUCCCACCUGCAUUUGGAGCCAGCCAUUUUACUGUUUACAGCUGGCCAAGAAGCUGAGAAAGCACUGAGGUGCCUAAGUAAUGAGAUUGCUGAUGCGAUGGCCUUCUCCCAGGAUGCUACUACAAUCAAAAUUAAUGGGGAAGACAAAGCCAUAUUGGAUAGUGACAUUGUCAAGCUGGAGGUAGAUAAUGAGCUCAGCUCUGGGUUCAGAGAAGGCAAGAAAGUAGCAGUGGUGCAUCGAUUUGAGUUACUGCCUGCAGGCUCCACCCUGAUCUUUUACAAGUACUGUGACCAUGAAAAUGCGGCAUUUAAGGAUGUGGCUCUUCUACUUACAGUUCUCCUGGAUGAGCAGUCGCUUAGAAAGAGCCUCACCUUGCAAGAAGUGGAGGAGAAAGUCCGGGAUUUCCUCUGGGCGAAGUUUACUGGUUCAGAUGUCGCUAGUUCUUAUAAUAGCAUGGACACAGAUAAGCUGAGUGGACUGUGGAGCCGUAUAUCUCAUCUUGUGUUGCCUGUUUGGCCUGAAAAAGACCUCCCUGUGGAGGGAUGCACAUAAAAGUUAUUGCAGAGGGCUCAGGAAAGGAGGAGGACAGAAAAUGUAUGUAAGGGAAGAACUUACUGUGGUUGCUGAGGUCAGGCAGCAUACAGUCCUUUCUAUGCAGAGAAAUACCACCAAGUGGCAGGGUUGUUUCUGCUAAAGUAACUGGGACUUCUCUAAAUCAACUGCAGAAUGUAAGCAAGGAACUUGCUGGUUGUUGGUAAGUUGUGUUCAGCGACUUAUUCAGGCUUGGUGUCCUGGAGCUGGAAUUAAGUCUCUACUAGUGCAGAACCACUCACUUGCUUCUGAAGCUUAUUUGGUGUACUGUUGCUAUGAGGAUCCUUUUCUGGUGGUGCAUAAAGCUGGUAUGGCGUUUAAGAAGGUAAUAGUAUGCAAAAACAUCACCUUCAUCUGCUAGAAUUCCUUACUUUUAACAUAAGAAAAAACAUAAACUGAAAAUUAUGAUAGGUGUGAAUCUAAGCACAAGCUUUUUCUUGGUCCAUCCGAUCACAACAUAGAUGUCAGCUGUCUCUGGUGGCUUCUAGAAAUGGCAAAAUUGCUUGAAAGGUUUGUGACUUGUAGAGAACCUUUCAGCAAGUGUUUCUUCCUUAAAGGAGCCUGCCCCAAACAGUUCUGGAGAGGAGGAAAGCUGAGGUACAAAGGAUUGUUUAAUGUUAGUAGUACUGAUGUCAGUUAAAUAAUCCCUCAGCACCUCUUCGCCUUGCUGCUUCUAGGAACUCUUUGACAAAGUUUGGCAAGUCUUAAAAUUUUGGGAGGAGUGAUAAAAUGUCAGCCGUGUAUGUACUAUCUCCUUUCCAAACAAAAGUUUAGGAAGACAUAGGUUAUUUCACAUUUUAAUAAGAUAAUUAUUUUUGAUCAAAAUAAUUUAUUUGUGGUACUUGGUACCCUAGAAAAAUAACCUUUCUUCAUGUGUCUGCAUAUAACCAGUUGCUUGCUGUAUAAGCUUCUAGUGAAGAACAGAUUUGCAAUGCAUGUUUUUAAAAUACAUUUUUUCUAGUGUGCCUCAUGCUGAGAAUCACUCACACACCAGACUAAAAACAUGUACUUGUUUCUAUUUUAAGUGUUUAGCGUAAAGAAAUAAGAGAAUUGCAGCACUUCCAUUUUAUUGCUGUUACCGUAUGCUCUUGAACUAUUGGUCUGUGUGCAUUUGGUUGUAUUGAGUAUGAAGGAAUGUGUGAAGACUGCUCUCAAAUUAAUGGGAUGUUUUCUUGUAACAGCUGAGAGGUUAGUGACUCUCAGACCCAUCCUUUAUGCACAAGCCCCUUGAGCUGUCCUGUUGCAAAAAGUCCUUCUUAACCAGGAAAACCUCUUGAGGUGCUGGAGUUUCUGGCUUCUUUGUGCAAGGAGAGGUUUGGGGUGUUAAGUGGAAUGGGUCAAAACUACCUUAAGCAUAUAAAAACGCAGUUCGAGAGACAUGAAGCUGUGGUCACUUCAACCAGAGGUGGAUUUGUGCUAACUACUGAGAGCUAGUAGUGGACAGUGCUUUUUAUUUUAAUGGGAAGAAAUGUCAACAGUAAAAAGACAUGGAAGUGCUGCUGUUCUGGAUGUUUAAGAAUAGCUCAGGAAGGAAAAGAUGGCAUUUACAUUUUGGACAUUUCACUGGACAAAUGUUUUUUUAAGAAAACAACUGUGACUUAUUUCCAAGUAUGUCCUGAUAGCAUAUUUGUUUGUAUAUUAUGUAAACUAUUUUAGUAAUCAUUAAAAAUAAAUAUGUUUGUUUUAUAA